AUGUGCCGCCUCCUGGCCUACGUGGGGGACCCCAUCCUCCUGGCGCACCUGGUGCUGUGGCCGGACAGGUCCAUCAUCAAGCAGUCGUACGACGCGCAGGAGCGCAAGAUGAACCCCUCCCUGCCCUCGCACCUGUGCCACGGCAACCUCAACGGCGACGGCUUCGGAAUCGGGUGGUACUCCCAGGAGGGCAGCGACACCUCGCCGUGUGUCUUCACCAGCGUCACACCAGCGUGGAACAAUGACAACCUAGCACGGCUCUCCCGCAAGAUCACAUCGCAACUUAUAUUCGCCCAUGUGCGCGCUGCCUACCCAGGCAUGCCUGUGAGCGAGCAGAACUGCCACCCCUUCAUGUGGGGCAGGUACAUGUGGAUGCACAAUGGAGUGGUGGGAGGAUUCUCAAAGAUCAAGCGGCGGAUUGUGGCGCUGCUGUCGGACGAAGCAUACAAUACAGUGGCUAGCUUCCACUCGGACUCCGCAGCCUCCUUUGCUCUGUUCCUGCAUCACCUCCCCAGCAUGACGGCACCUCAAUCACCAGAUGUGCUCCUGCAGGCCAUGCAGGAAGAGAUGGAGGCGACCUCUGAGACGUCACUGCUGAAUUUCGUCGUGUCAGACGGCAACACUGUGAUCGCUACACGGUAUGUGUCGCCAGACACGGAGGAGCCUGCAUCACUGUACUUUGCCGAAG